AUGGCUCUUAAGCUUUUUCAGUUGCUUUCCCUCGCCUUUCUUGCUUAUCUAUUCUUUCCCACUAUUAGCCAUGCCAUGAGAAAUAGCCCCCGUGACAAAAAACCAUCACCUUUUGAUUUCAUCAAACAAUUAAAAGGUAGUCACAAGGGUAUUAACACAAAAGACAUCCAUCAACUCAAAGUCUAUCUCAAGGAAUUCGGCUAUCUCGAAUAUCUCAAUCAAACUCAUGCCAAUGACGAUGAUUUUGAUGAUAUCCUAGAGUCUGCCAUCAAAACCUAUCAAGAAAAUUAUGGUAUCAAACCUACGGGAAUGAUAGAUGCUAUAACUAUAUCAAAAAUGACAACCCCGCGAUGUGGGGUGCCUGAUAUUGUGAAUGGCACUAACUACAUGCAUCCUCGCGACAAGAAACACAAGUCGGGCUCAAGCAAUGUCCACACGGUGUCCCACUUUACUUUCUUUCCGGGAAGUCCUAAAUGGCCAUCUUCUAAAACUCAUCUCACUUAUAGAUUCUUGUUCAACUUUCCUAUAGAGGCUAUGGCCCCUGUGGCACGUGCCUUCCAAAAAUGGCAAUCUUCCACACAUUUCACCUUUGCACGUGUCCAAACCUAUCAAAUUGCUGACCUGGUUAUAGGGUUCCACCGCUAUGACCAUGGAGACGGAGCCCCUUUUGAUGGCCCCGGCGGAACCAUAGCUCAUGCAUUUGCACCAACUAAUGGAAGGUUUCAUUACGACGCGGACGAGUGGUGGUCGAUUGGGUCAGUUGAGGAUGCAUUCGACUUGGAAACCGUUGCACUUCAUGAAAUCGGGCACCUUCUAGGGCUCGGGCAUAGCUCAGUUGAUGCAUCAAUCAUGUAUCCCUCGAUCAGUGCAGGACAGAUCAAGAAUUUGCAUGAAGAUGAUAUUCAAGGAAUAAGUGCUUUAUACAAUCUCUGA